CGGUCCCUCCUUCUUCCUCUAUAAAUAUAAUCCUUCCCCUCAAAGUUUUCUCACUUCUCACUCCUUCAAUUCUUGAGUUCGCCCGGUGCCUCUUCCUCCGUUCACCCCUCUCAAGUUCGGCCCUCGGCCAAGUGAGUACCUUAGCCCUCCUAGCCCUUUUUUAUCGGGUAGUAUAGUCCCAUGUCUUCUUGUAGCGAUUCUCAAGAUGGGUCGGGGUCUUCCAAUUCCACCAUCCCCUCGUCUUCCCCUGGAUCGGCGGUGCGGUCCCACCCUAAUCGACCGGGCCAGCCCUCCGUGGCCAUGGUGGUUCCCGACCCCAUGCCUCUAAACCAGAUGCCCGGUCGGUUUAAACCCGAGACUGACGACUGGGAGGAGUUUGCCGCGUCGCUGGACGCAGUUGGCUACCACGCCCUAGACUUUCGACCCAUCCUUGGUAUUCCCACGAAAAUCGCCAAAGUUUUAUUGAAUAAGGUGCGGAGUCUAAUGCCCCCGGGAUACAUCCUUCACUAUAAUGCCAACCAUCAAAACAUCAUAGAUCCCCACCGGAGACCACGGUUAGGUUUCCAUCUAGCUUCAUUGGACAUCGGGAUCCUCUUUCCCCUUCGUCCCCUUCUCGUCCAGGUAUGCAAAAGAUUUUCCAUACUCCCGGGUCAGUUGACCCCAAAUGCCCAUGGACUACUAAAUUGCUUCACAAAUAUUUGCAACUUCAAGAAGAUCACCCCAUCUCUAGAACUCUUUCUCUUUAUGUUCGAAGUUUUACCGGGUAACACCAAUUGCUCUGGCUUUGUGUACUUUCACUCCCGAAAAGAUAGAUCCUUCAUCUCUGAUGUCCGUCCCAGGCACCAAAAGUGGAAGACACGGUUUGUCUUUAUUGAGUUUCCCAAGGGCGAGUUCCCCUUUGAUGGUGAACUCCAAUGGGGAGACCGGCUCCCUCAAUCUGAAGAUGUUUACCCGGCCGCCACUUUUGCUCUUGAGAAAGAUUGCGCGGCAUUGUUGAUGGGAGAUCCGGCCACCGGGAAGGCCUUUAGCUUCGGGAAUUGGACGCACCGGGUCCCUAGCCUGGAUGAUGGUACCCCUAGGUCCAAUGAAGCAGAGGCUGACCGGGUCGCCACCCCAGAGAGUAAUGCUGAGGCCGGGUCCACUCAUCCAGAGAUGAACUUCAAAAGCUAUGCCAACCCCGAGGAUGAGGUUGAGGAUCUCGAGGCCAGCCAUGGAAACUUUACUUCCCCCCGAGUGGACGAUGUUGCUGAAGUGGCCGGUCAAAGUGAGAAGAGGAAGAGGACUUCCCACAAGAGCUCUAGAUCCCACUCUAAGAAGAGGAAGGUGGAUCCCCACAGUGUUGAUCCCAAAUUCACAGAGAUGUCCGCCGAGCAACUUCUCCUAGCCAUCACCCAAAAAUUGCACAGGCAUGGUGAGUUCUCUGAGGAUUUCGCCAAACGAAUCUUAGGCACGGGCGAUGAUGAAUCCCAACGGCUCCAAAGGAUGCUUGAUGCUGCCCAUGAAGAGAUCAAAGCACAUGUCACCAGUGCCAAUCAGGUGAAGACCUACCUUGAGCAGAGGGAAGAAGAAAUAAGGACCCUUGAAGCUGAUUCUCGUGCCAAGGACGAGAUGUUCCCUACUAAGGCUGAAAAAUGGGCCGGUCAACACUACGCUGAGGUUGCCCGGGUCGUGACUGCUACCCCUGAAGGAACCAAGGACUUCUUCCAGGUUCUGUUCAAGGAGCCGGAGGGCAAAAGGAUGACCACCGAAAUUGGAUCAUACGGCUUCAUGAUGGGGCAGAAAGCGGAGAGGGCUGGCAUUUGUAGCAGCAGCAGCAGCAGCAAUAACGGCGAUCACCGUCAUCCUCCUCCUCCUCCUCACCACCACAAGCAUCUCCCCAAACGCAUUAUCUUAGUGCGCCACGGCGAGAGCCAAGGCAACAAGGACGACGCCGCUUACACCGUGAUCCCCGAUCACAAGAUCCCUCUGACCUCACAGGGAUUCGAGCAGGCCGAGCUCGCCGGGUGGCGCAUUAGGGAUGUCAUUUCCGAUCAGGGAUCGUCCCUCUCCUGGAAGAUCUACUUCUAUGUCUCCCCUUACGAAAGGACCCGCUCCACUCUCCGUGAGAUCGGCCGUGCCUUCCCCCGGAAACGAGUUAUUGGGGUGAGGGAGGAAUGCCGGAUCCGGGAACAGGAUUUUGGGAACUUCCAGGUCGCCGAUCGGAUGAAGACUUCCAAGGAGAACCGGGAGAAGUUCGGCCGGUUUUUCUUCCGCUUCCCUGAAGGAGAAUCGGCCGCAGAUGUUUUUGAUCGGGUUUCCAGCUUCCUCGAAUCGCUUUGGAGAGACAUAGACAUGAACAGACUUCACCAAGGCCCUGGUGAUGACUUAAAUCUCGUGAUCAUAUCCCAUGGGCUGGCUAUACGCGUCUUCCUUAUGAAAUGGUUCAAGUGGACGGUGAAGCAAUUCGAGCGGUUGGGUAACCUAGGGAAUUGUGAGUUUCGCGUCAUGCAGCUGGGAAUGGGUGGAGAGUAUAGUCUAGCAGUGCAUCAUUCGGAGGAAGAGAUGCAGUCUUGGGGGCUUUGCUCUGAUAUGAUAGCAGACCAAAAAUGGCGAGCUAAUGCCACCAGGGGUGACUGGAAUGAAAGAUGCCCCUGGUACCUUGAUGCCUUUUUCGACACUUUUGCCGACUCUGAAGAGGAUGAAGACAAAGACGAGAUUGAAACCGAAUCAUUAGAAAACACUUGUGAUUGAUUCUAAUUAUGUGUAUACUUUUUUGUUGGAUAGGUCUUCUUAUUCCCUGCAAAAAGCCAGAGGAGUGUCACUUUCCCUCUCCUACCAGUGCUACAUACAUGGAGGUUUUUCUGAAUAUAGCCUUCUUGUAAAUUUUGAUGUAGCCAAAUUUUGUAAUUAGUUAAUUAAUUGAUGGGAAAAUUACACCUUUGAUGUGUUCCCUUAAUCAAUUCUUCAUCCCUUU